UCAUUGGAGCUUACACCUGUCUCUAUCAUGCUGCUCACCUUGAAACCUCCAACUCCGGCUCAUAUGGCGCAGAAUGGGAUCAAAGGUCCCUCCCACGAAUACUCCGUUAUCCGCCAAUCCAUCCCCUCGUUGCGCGACUCGUACGGCCCCUUCCUCCACAAACAUGGACUCAUCCUCGCGCAGAAGUCUACCUCCGCCGCCAUCUAGAACCCUACCGCCCCCGCAACUGACAGCUGCACACACGCCUCCACAACUCCCUCCCCCCCCGCCAUCGUCGCAAUGGCACUCCGCAGACAAAGAUCCGUCGAUGCAUUUAUGGUUGCGGGCAAGAGCAGAGGAAGAUCGGAGGAAACAGGAGGAGGAGAAAGCGAGGCAGGAGACGCUGAGGUUGGAACAGCGCGUGGUUGAGCAUAGUAUGCUGCGUGAUGCGUUGCAGGCUGGAGUACCGCCCCAUAUGGUUCCGUUGAUUUUUGCCGGGAUUAGUGGGGGUGGGCUUCCGCAGGCUGCGAUUGAUUUGGCGCAGCAGUAUGUGUCGCAUCCGGUGGCACAGGGACAGGGUCAGGGGCCGGGGCCGGGGCCGGUGGUGGCUUCGAUGCCUCCUCCGCCCGCUCCUCCUGCACCUCCGCCUCCGCAGCAUCACCAGCAUCAACCUCAGCACCAGCAGCAUCACCCGCAUCACCAUUACCACCAAUCUUCAGGGCCGGAUAUGCCACCAUCUACGUUUCCUCCUCCGCCCCCGCCGUUUUCGCACCGACACUCGCAUUCAGGGUCGAUAGACUUGCGUCGGCAUUCUCAUUCCGUCCCGCCAAACACACUAUAUAAUCCACAGCCGCCAGUUCCGUCUCCUGGAGAGAUUUUGCCAUCACAACCGCCUACCAUAUCCCGGGGCUCAUCGCCUGUUAGGCAGCCUCUCGGGCAAUCUCCGUUCCCUCCCAGUGGUCCUCCUUCGUCUUCAUCUUUGCCUCAGCCUCCAAUCCCCCCCGGCAAUAGUACACAACAGUAUGCACAAGCACCACCCGCCUCAACACCUCAAUCCAUCGCGAACAAGGAAUACCAGUAUCGACCACGUCAAUCAACCUCUAUCUAUUUCCAUCAUUGGGUCCCGCCAGGGCAACAGCCGCCGUCUGGAAAGUCGCAAGAGUACACGCCGGGCGGGAAAGCACCCCAGGAGUCCUCUGGAGGAAAACCGUCAGAUAGGGAAGAGCCCAUCCCAGCAUCAUCACGUGCCCACUCACGGAGCGUCUCAGAGGACCACAGCUCUCCAAGUCGGAAACGGAAGGCCCAAGGCUUGCAUCAGCCGGCACCGAUACCGUCGUCUCGCUCGCGGCAGAGUUCGAUCGUUCGUGACAGCGUGCAAUGAGACUAGCGGUAUGUUUCAUUGUCUGCAGAUAUGCAUGAUGAGUAUGAUGACCGCAUGGUUGUGGCACUUCUGAUGCGAAGAGCGCUGAACACCCAGCAAGGGCAAUGUCUAUCACGUGAUGAUAUAUACACCCAAUGAGCUAUUGAGGACUAGCUACUGCUUUAUGGACUUGCAUCUAGCAGUUAAAUAUUGAUAGCGGCGGAUACGUACCUCAUAUGAUACUUAUGAGGCUCAUCUAGUCGGCAGUGGUGACCUAUUUGUCUCACGGUCAAAUUGGUCCCAGACUUUCCCUGCUGCUGUGCAUCUGUGGUCUAUCUGGACACUCCAGAGUUGGAUACAUGAUCUGGAGAAAGGGAUUUGGCCCGCGGCUUGUGUAGACUAAUUGUCGAUUCGCAUACUUAAAUGAAAAU